UCUCCCCUAUUGGAUUGUCCGUCUCAUUGUUGUCAUUGUGGUAGAGAUCUCCCUGGGCGUGGGGCACUGCAUCGCGAUGCUACAGCCGAACCUGCCGUCCUUUCUCUAGGGCGUUGUGAGAGGCAGGGGCACCAGGAGGGUGGGCGGUCGAGUCGGGGAGUGGCUGGAUCGAGGAGCACGGCGGGGGAGGGGGGGAUGAGGUGUGACAGAGGAGCUCUUUCAAUCGGGGCCCGUAGAAGCUGCAGCCACCGCCGCUGUGCCAUCCAAUGCUGAGUCACAAGGGCCGCUGGACUCUCUGCCAUCUCCCAUGAGCAAGCUGCAGCCAGCAUGGAGGAGCUGGAGCACACCUGCCCCCAGCCCCGCACGAGGCUGACGGAGCCCGCAAUCUUCGCCAAGGAGACAAGCUGCGAUUGCCGCGCACCCCACGAAAAGCUGAGCAUUGCACAGGCACGCUGCGGGACGCCAGUUGACCGGCCUGUGAGGGUCUAUGCAGAUGGGAUCUUUGAUCUAUUCCACUCUGGCCACGCCCGAGCACUGAUGCAGGCCAAGAACCUUUUCCCCAACGGGUACCUGAUCGUAGGAGUCUGCAGCGAUGAGCUCACACACAAGUACAAGGGCUUCACGGUGAUGACCGAGGAGGAGCGCUAUGAGGCCCUCAGGCACUGUCGCUACGUCGACGAGGUGGUUCGGGAUGCACCCUGGACCCUCACUCCCGACUUCCUGGAGAAACACAAGAUUGACUUUGUGGCCCAUGAUGAUAUCCCAUACUCCUCUGCGGGGUCAGAGGACGUGUACAAGCACAUCAAAGAGGCAGGUAUGUUUGUGCCCACCCAAAGGACAGAGGGCAUUUCCACAUCCGACAUCAUCACCCGCAUCGUACGGGACUACGAUGUCUAUGCCAGACGCAACCUCCAGAGGGGGUACACAGCAAAGGAGCUCAAUGUCAGCUACAUCAACGAGAAAAAGUAUCGGCUGCAGAACCAGGUGGACAAGAUGAAGGAGAAGGUGAAGACUGUGGAGGAGCGCUCCAAGCACUUUGUGAACAGGGUGGAGGAGAAGAGUCAUGACCUCAUUCAGAAGUGGGAGGAAAAAUCCCGGGAAUUCAUCGGGAACUUCUUGGAGCUCUUUGGCCCUGAUGGAGCCUGGAAGCAGAUGUUUCAAGAGAGGAGUGGGCGUAUGAUUCAGGCCCUGUCACCCAGCAGCAGCCCCACACGAGAACGCUCUCCAUCCCGCUCGCCGUCACCCCCCUCGCAAUGGCCGCCAUUGUCCCCCAAAGGCGCAUCAGCCUCUAUCAGCAGCAUGAGUGAAGGAGAUGAUGAUGACAAGUAGCACUGCCGAGACCAUUCUCCCUUACAAGCCACAACCUCUUAUAGACCAUGCCCCCUUACAGGCCACACCUCCUUAUAGACCAUGCCCCCUUACAGUCCACACCCUCUUACAGACCAUGCCCCCAUACAGGCCACACCUCCUUAUAGACCAUGCCCCCUUACAGAUCACACCCUCUUAUAGACCAUGCCCCCAUACAGGCCACACCCUCUUAUAGACCAUGCCCCCUUACAGACCACACCCCCUUAUAAACCAUGCCCCCUUAUAGGCCACACCUCCUUAUAGACAUGCCCCCUUACAGACCACACCCCCUUAUAGACCAUGCCUCCAAUCAUCCACAGAUGAACACACAGACAUACACGAGAAACAAACUGCACACAUAUCUACUCACACAUGCUCACACCCUUGACGGCGACUGGAUGCCAAGAUUUUGUAGCUCCCGCCUAGUUCCUCCAAGUGGAUAAAGAGGGUUAUGGACACCACAGUUUAGUAACGAUGGUGCCUCAGUCCCUAUCAGCAGUUCUGCUUACCCAGCCAGCUGUGGAUGCCCGAGGACUGACAAGAGGGAGAAACAUCUGUGUACUGCUCAGGACCAUUGCACAGAGGAUGACUUUGAUUCCCAACCUCACUUCUGCACCUUGAUGUUUUCUUCACUUAAGGUCUUUAUUUCCUGUGUAUAGCGUGAAGUAGAGCAUCGCAUGGACAAGGGCCAAUGAGGAGUCACUGAAACAGUGAAGCAGCCCUAUGGCAGUAAAGAUAGCAGGACCAAAAUUGGGUCACAACAGCAGUACCAUGAAAUACAGUCCACUAGACUAACAAAUUUGGGUACUGUUGGGUGCAAGAACCUGGUGGAAUUCUAUCCCACUGCACGUUGCAUACAUGAAUCGAGCAGCCCUGUGACCACAUGGUAGCGUGAUAGCUAGUAUAGAAUCACCAGAGCAUUAUCUUCUAGAGUGAGCUGCUCAAACAAGCAUUGUCCUGUUAAGCUUUCAGGGAUGACUCUGCAAGCCCCUGGCAUGGCCAGUCAGAUAGGAUGUCAUCACUGAAGUCUCCAUUCAUUUCUUGGUUCUGACUCUGCUGAAUGUGAUUUCAGAAUGCGUCAUAACUCAGACAUGACUUGAGAACUUCAAGGAGUAGGGUGGAAACUCUUCCUUACAUGUGUUCAUAGUCUUCGGUCUACCACCUUAGGACAUUGGUGAGUAAACGGAAGAGCUUGUGAAAGGAAUGAUCCUCAGGCAGGAUGACCACUGAUGCAGCUGCUUCCCAUGUGACUUUUGGGUACCUGGCUCUCACGGACAUGGUUGGACAGUGUCACAUGACCACAAACGCAUAUUCACGCACCAUCCAUCCAGGCUCUCAUUGUCUUCUGUGUUCUUAAAAUAAAAUGUUUCUUUUGUAAAA